AUGAGCCGCCCCGCUGUCGCCCACAUCCGCCGCCAAUCUAGCCGCAUCGAAGCUUGGUUGAGCGAGCAGCAUCGUAUUGUGCACACCAUUCCUGACGGCGACCUCACGCCCACCGGGGCGAAGUCCCACCCUUACUAUGCGUACCCGCAUCCCAGCGCGGUCUCGAUGGUGAAGCAGGAGUUGGACGGUCGCCAGACAACCGACAGCUACCUUGUCGUGAACGACGCCUCCCGCUUGUCGCGCAACGCGUCCGCGGCGUCUGCGCGCUCCCCGAACGAGACACCGCGUCCGUCGCCGCCGUCUACUCCUCGCAAGACGUCCCCCCUGCGCUCGGGUCAGCGCAGGUUCCCGUCACCGUCCCCCCUACGCAACUUCCACCUUUCUUUCGGCGGCAGGCGCCCCUCCAUCUCCUCCGAAAUCUCGGCAGGUCAGGGAUCGGCGCCUUCCUUAGCGUCUGCACGUACGAAAGGCGAGUCUAGCGCUGCACAUACAUACACCUCGGGCUUGUCGACAUCGCACGCGCCCUCGCGGUCCGAACGCACGGAUACACGUUCUUCUGAACAUGCGUCUUCCUGGCUUAAAUCACCGCCCACAUGGAAGUUCAAGCGACCCUCCGUAAUGGAACCCGUCGCCCCAGUCAUGGAAGGACCGGGCGACGAACCCCCGUCUCGCCCCAGUCUGUCAUCGACCGUGACACGCUCGUCUGCCACGUCGAAUGCUGGCACGACGUCCCUUGAGACGCCGAGCACGCAGCGGAAGUUGCCCUUUGGUUCUGUCCACGCACAGUCUCCCUCUGUUCUUACUGGCUCCUCUCCUUCUCUCUGGUCACUGCCUACCGACGCAUCCCAUAUGAACGACCCGCCAGACUCUAUGAAGGUCAUCGCUCGCGAUCGCGAUAAGACCAACAGCAUCCGGAUACCCCUCUCCCUCAGGAUACCAUCUGCGAACACGCCCAGUUUUGGCAGCGUGUCCACUGCGAUUGCGAGCCCGAGGCACAAACGCAAACGGAAACUGAUUGUCAGUGGUAUCCCCCGUGGGGAUGAAAAGCGAUAUGAAGCUGUCAAGAAGUGGUGCGAGUCAUUUGGCGAGGUUAAUGCCAUCUCGCGCGAGCCCAAUGGAAAUCUGCACGUCGACUUCCGGAAAGCCGAGGUAGCUGAAACUGUCUGUCGAUUGCAAGCCCGGGUCUACAUCAAGGGUGUAGGCAGUGUCUGCUUAUCCUACUUCACGGGCAAGAAGCCCUGA